GUAGAGCAGGAAGUGGAGUGACUGUGAAAGGACAGCAGCAUUCUGCACAACACUGUUCAGUAGCAGGGCUUCUUCAGGUGUCAGGAAAAAUUAGUCCAAGGAAUUUUGUGAGAAUAAAGCUGAAGAGGAGAGGAAGGGGAGCCACAGGAGACAAAUGAACAGUAAAGGAAACACAAUCCUGUGCAAGUCAGGAGCAACGAAGGACAGACUUUUUGGUUGAAGGAAGAUUUUCUUUGGACCGAACAAUUAUCAGACUAGAAAUUCUUCCUAUAUGGAUCAGCCUUCUAGUGAUGGUGAAACCGGAAGACCACCACUCUAAGCAAACUCAGGAUGAAUCGGGUGCCAGGUGAUGCAGAAAAUGCUCACAGCAGCAGUGUGGAGUCCUGUCCUUCCUUGCGGGAUGUCCACUCCAUCAACCCAGCGCAGCUGAUGGCAAGGAUUGAGUCAUAUGAAGGCAGAGAGAAGAAAGGCAUAUCAGAUGUCAGAAGGACUUUCUGUUUGUUUGUUACAUUUGAUCUCUUAUUCAUAACCUUGCUCUGGAUAAUAGAAUUAAAUGUAAAAGGAGGCAUUGAGACUACCUUAGAGAAAGAAGUCCUCCAAUAUGACUACUCUUCUUCAUAUUUUGAUAUAUUUCUACUGGCAGUCUUUCGAUUUAAGGUGUUAAUACUUGCAUAUGCAAUGUGCAGACUGCGCCAUUGGUGGGCAAUAGCUUUUACAACAGCAGUGACCAGUGCCUUUUUAUUAGCAAAAGUAAUUAUUUCACAGCUGUUCUCACAGGGUGCUUUUGGCUACGUGCUGCCCAUCAUAUCCUUCAUACUUGCCUGGAUUGAAACUUGGUUCUUGGACUUUAAAGUGUUACCACAGGAAGCUGAAGAAGAAAACAGAUUUUUGAUAGCACAGGAUGCUUCUGAACGAGCAGCUCUUCUUCACCCCGGUGUCCUCUCUGAUGGACAGUUCUAUUCUCCUCCUGAAUCUGUAGCAGGAUCUGAUGAAGACUCUGAAGAAAAACAAGACAGUGAAAAACCAGUUGUAUAGCAAAUAUGAAAAAGCAG